UCGGCUGCUCCUCCUCCCCACUGCAAACCCCCUCUCCUCCCGCCGCCGUCAUAAACCCACCAAAGCUCCCCCCUUUCGACCGCGCCGCCUCUCACUCCGGCCUCCGCCGCUCCACCUCCCUUUCCCUCCGCUCCGCCGGCCUCUCCCAGCCUCGCUCGCUCCGCCGUUUGGGUUUCCCCACCGGCGGGGGACAAGAUGAGCGACGACGUGAUAUGGCACUGCAUCCGCCACAACCACUGCAGCUUCAUGGCCAAGAUCGAGACGGGGAUAUUCUGCCGGAACCCCUACAACGCCACCGGCAUAUGCAACCGGAGCUCCUGCCCGCUCGCCAACAGCCGCUACGCCACCAUCCGGGACCACGACGGUGUUUUCUACUUAUACAUGAAAACUGCUGAAAGAGCUCACAUGCCAAACAAAUUAUGGGAGAGAGUCAAACUACCCAGGAAUUAUGAGAAAGCAAUGGAAAUCAUCAACAAGCACCUCGAAUUCUGGCCCAAGCUACUUGUGCACAAGAUCAAACAGCGCCUGACAAAAAUGACUCAGUAUCGGAUAAGAAUGAGGAGACUUCAACUUAAAGUGAGAGAGAAGAUAAUGACAGUCCCGAGGAAGAAAACUCAGCGCGAUCUCCGAAGAUUGGAGAAAGCUGAAAAGGCUGCUCAACUAGAUAAGAGUAUUGAAAGUGAACUAAAGGAGCGUCUGAGAAAGGGUGUCUAUGGUGAAAUUUAUAAUUUCCCCUUCAAGCAGUUUGAUACUAUCCUUGACAUGGAAAAAGAUGAGUUGGCUCCUGAGAUAGAAGAGGAAGAAGAAGGCGAGAUAGAGUAUGUUGAAGGUGAUGAUAUCGAGAUGGGUGACAUGGAUGAUAUGGAAGAUUUUGAAGGCUUUGGUGAUGAAGAUGAUGAUGGAGAUGAAGAUGAUAUGGAAGAGCCAGUAACAAAGAAACCCAAGCGAUCAGACUCUGAUUCAAGUUCAAAGAUUGGGCGGAAAUCUAGGAAGGUUAUCACCGAGGUGGAAGAAGACGAGGACAGGGGUAGCAGGCAAAGGACGCGGAUGUGAUUCUCCAGGCACGGCUUCAGUAACAUGCUUGGUGUCGAUGAUACUUUAGAUAAUUUUGCCUGUCUUUCUCAUGAUAAUCUGUAGAAUUCAUAUGUUGGUUAUUUUGCGGCGAAUAUGGAAACUGACAUGAACGAUGACUUGAAACAAUGUUGUACCUGGAGCAGUGUUGAGUGUCUCUGAUCACGAUCAGAACCGGUUUUGUGCGAAGCUGCAGCGAAAUGUAAACUGUUAAGGAUAAGUUGUGUAAUGGGGUGUUUUUGAAUUUA